UGUUGGAGGCAUUUAGCACGCAUAUAGGCUCGGAUUUACCUUGGAUAGGUUUAUAGGUACAUUUGAAAGCGAAAACUUCACAAUGUGGCUAUUUCUUGUGGUCAUGUUCAGUUUACCGCUGUCGUUAACAGCCAGUCCCUCUGUUGAAACCAGCCAGGGCAGAAUCGUGGGCAAGACGGUAGAAUUCGCUGCCGACUCUCUCGGGCUCCGCAGCAGCGUGGAUGUCUACCUGGGCAUACCAUACGCCGAGCCGCCCGUCGGCCCGCUGCGUUUCAGCGCCCCGGUGGCCAAGUCACCGUGGGGCGGAGAGCUCCAGGCCACGGCGUACGGGGGUGUCUGUCACCAACCCCCUGAUGAAGCUUUACCGGUGCCCAAGCCUGAUGUUCCACAAAGUGAGGACUGUCUAUAUCUGAAUGUAUAUGUUCCAUCUAGAUCCAAUACAGGCGAGCUUUCAGCUGUCAUGGUUUUCAUCCAUGGGGGCGCCUUCAUAUUUGGAGCGACAUGGCCAGACAAUAUCCCCGCAGCCUUGGCCAGUAUCGGCGACGUCAUUGUCGUGGACAUCCAGUACCGAUUGGGGGCGCUCGGAUUCCUCUCAACAGGAGAUGGGGAGCUUCCGGGUAACAUGGCGCUUCUGGACCAGUUGGAGGCGAUCAGAUGGGUGCAACGCCACAUCAAAGCGUUCGGAGGCGACCCAGAUCACGUGACGAUUUUUGGCCAGAGUGCAGGAUCGUCGAGUGUUAGUUUCCACUUGUUGUCUCCAAUGAGCCAAGGACUGUUUAAGAAUGCCAUCAUGCAGAGUGGGACGGCGAACACGGUGUGGUCUCACGUCAGUAGGACUGAAGCAAGGAGGAGAGCCUUUGCUCUCGGCCACAUCUUAGGCUGUGACACCCCGGAGGAUGACUCCAAAGCCCUAGCCCAAUGUCUCCGAGGAGUCUCGGUACAAGACAUCAUUGCGAGCCAAUCUGAAAAGCUUUUUGGGUACCUGGGCGAACCGCCACAAAUUGGGUUUGCGUCCGUCAUCGACGACCGUUUCCUGCUCGACGACCCGGCGUCGUUGCUGAAGAAAGGCGCCCUCAACGAGGCCAACAUCAUGAUAGGGCACACCAAAGACGAAGGCAUGCUCAUGAUGAGUGCCGUGUUCCAAGGUUCCUUGGACGAGGCGCCGCACGUCGGUAAAGGGCUGUACGAACAGCUGCUGCCCAUGACUAUCGUAGGCCUAGGUAGUAUGGACCCAAUACUUCUCCAGGCCGUCAAACUAGUCUACGUGAACGACAGCGGGUCCGAGUUACCAGACACGCAGUAUCUGUACUCGCUGUCCGACGCCGUGGGGGAUUCAGGCUUCACUUGCCCCACGGAUCAGUUCGCCAGGGCCGCUGUUGAGGCCGGCCGCACCGUGUACCGGUUCCACUUCACGCACCAGCCCAGCGACUCGUCGUUCUUUGCGAGGAAGUGGACUGGGGCGUGUCACGCGGAUGACCUGAUCUACGUCUUUGGGCUUCCGUUCCUGCCGCCGCGUCAGGAGACAGCGUCGGAGGAGGAGCGCUUGUUUUCGGCUGCUGUGAUCAAAUACUGGUCCAAUUUCGCCAAGACAGGAAACCCAAAUUUGGGGCCCGAUGAGGAUACAACAGGAAGGAAUCUUCAGUCUGACGAAGAAUGGCCUCGAUUCACUCUGCCAGAACUGGCUCAUAGGGAGCUGUCACUGCGCAUGAGAAACAGCGGGGCAUUACGGGUGCGGGAAUGUCAGUUCUGGAGCGAGUUUGCCCCAGAACUCGUCCGAGUUGCCGGGGAAGCAGCGAUGUAUCGGUCCGGCUCCGCCCGCGAGGGAAAAUGGACAGCGUCCAAGGCCGAAGAAGAGACGUGCACCAAAGAAUCAUGCCCUUGAUGAGAUAGAUGGACCAUUCCGAAAAAAAUAACACUUCGGUGUAGGCCUACGUAUCGCUGGCGAUUGAAAUAUAUUUUGCCCAUUAACCUGGACUCGGUUUCGCCGAAUUAGUAGACAGUAGACUACGAAGUUUGAGUGUAAGCUCAAGUAUAGGUUCUUUUUUAGUGUGAAUCGAAAGAAAUAACAGAGGCGUGCGUGCAUAGUGUCAGUUUGAGGCCACCGUGCACGUGGCUGUAUCAUUGUUUGAACUUUUUUUCGGGG